UGCCAGCUUGGUCGCCGUGAGGUAGUUACGUGCAGCACCUCGCUCCGCCCGCCCGCCACACACGCGCCCCUCACCACCCACUACCACUUGACCUGCGUGCCGGGGCUGCCUGCCAUGCAUCCUUCCCCUCAUGGUGGCCGCUGACCCGCCGCACCGUGCAUGACCGCGUUAGGAGCGUCGCCCUUGCAUCACCUCUAAUAGCAGUGUUAAGUGCCUUCCCGCCCCGUGAUUCCGCCCGUCUAUGAGAACUGCUUGAUCCUCCCUCAGCCUCACCGCCUCCUACAGGGCACACGACGGCCUAUACAGACUUGGGAGGGUGUGUAGGGUGUAAAUUUGAGGCUGUCUCCCUGUCUCCCUGUCUCUCGUCCACUCACCCUCAGCGGCCGUCUGCCUAGAGAGGGCGCAGCUAUCUGAGUGGAGCCACACACCACCUCAAACUCUUGCCCGUGCACGCCCACACUGGAGCCACAGGAGUAAGGAGGUCACAUGUGAGUCACCGGCGAGGCCACGGUGACCUAUGCCAGCCUCGCACCGUACCUGAGCCCCACCUCACCAACGGUGUUGGCGGCCGAGAUGAGGACGAGAGGGCCGAGAAGGACGGUGGCGGCGGUGGCGGUGGCCGUGUGGUGGUGCUGCUGCCUCGUCGCCCCAGCGCAGGCCAGGUUGGCGCCUUUGGAUAUAGAAGUCACCAUCCCGCCACUACUGGAGGAGCAGCCCGCCACCAGGGAGGUCCUCUUUACUGUUAUCCACGACCCUGACCAGCCUGCCGUUCCCUUCACCCUGCCCUGUGUAGCCGACGCCCUCCCAGCGCCAAGUUACACGUGGCUGAAGGACGGCGACGAGUAUGAUCCCCACGGCGAGGAUGACCGCGUGGAGCAGGUGGAUGGGGAGGGCACCUUGGUGUUCCACGAGCCGCGCCCAGAAGAUGAAGGAAGCUACCAGUGCGUGGCGGAGAACCAGGUGGGGAAGGCGUUCAGCGAUAUCGUGUCUGUGCGCCGUGCCGUCAUGGCUUACGUGCCCAAGCAGGAGCCGCGCGUGGUGACGGCCACCCUAGGCAGACCACUGCGCCUGGACUGUGACGUCCCCGCCGGCCACCCGAUGCCCUCCGUCCAGUGGUUCCGUCAGACCAACGAGGGGAAGCUGAGCAACAUGAACUCGUCCCGCGUGACGCAGGAUGAGCGCGGCUCUCUGUGGUUCAGUCACGUGGCUCUCGAGGACGCCUCCCAGGACGCCCUCUACGCCUGCGCCGCCUUUUCCGCCGCCAGCGGCCAAAUGAUCCUGGUGGAGGACGAGCACGGCAACCUGGAGAUGGUGGACCAGAUGCCUGCUGACGACGAAGACACCGACGUCGUCAGUCUGCCGACUGAGUACCGCGUGGGCAACAGAGUGUACCUUAACUUCACCGAUGAGGAGCCACAGGCCAGCAUGCCCCCUGAGGAACAGUUCGUCAGCCACCACGAACUCAUGGUGCUCAAAGGCCACGACGUCAGGCUCUACUGCAUCUAUGGCGGCAAACCCCAGCCAGAGGUGCAAUGGUGGCGAGGGAACCGGGAUGACGUGCACAGCUACCGCAAGGAGCAGCAUGGCAGGGUGCUGGUGCUGGAGGAUGUGGACGAAGAAGAUGCCGGAUCUUACUACUGCCAGGCCAGCAGCAGUGCCGGCCAGGGAGACCCAAGGCAGUUCAAUGUUUAUGUGGAGUCGGAGCCAGAGUUUGUGAUGGAGCCGGAGAUAAUCAACCUUCCCCAGGGCGAGACUGCCGUGUUCAGCUGUGAGGCGCGGGGUGAACCUCAACCCAUCAUCACCUGGACCAGCAAUGGUGAUGCUUUGGACACCCACGACACCACGCUGGUGAUUGACAACUUGGACUUCAGCAACAAGGCAGUGGUGGCGUGCAAUGCCUCAAACAUCCAUGGCUAUGUGUACAAGAGUGUCUUCCUCAAUGUCCUCUCACUGCCGCCAGAGUGGGUGACAGAGCCCGACAAUGUAACAGUCCUGGAGGGUGAUGCUGCUACACUUGAAUGUGCGGCCUAUGCCUCGCCAAACCCUAACAUGACUUGGGUGCGUCUGGAGGGGGAGGAGCGGGUGUCCAUUCAUGAUGAGGACCCAAGAUAUGACAUCAGAGACACCAAGCUGGUCAUUAAGUCUGUGGAUGACAACACUAAGGGCCAGUAUGUUUGUAAGGCAACCAACAAGUUUGGCUCUCUGGAAGCAGAGGCAGAGGUGGUAGCCAGAGCAAAGACGGUGGUGAAGGUGGGUGUGUCCAGCAAGCGCGUGAAGGCUCGUGACCACGUUUCCCUCACUUGCCUGGUUCGCAUGGACCCACACCUGCAGGCAGCUGUCACCUGGUUCAGGGAUGAUGUUGAGGUGGACUUCAAGGAUGAGAACUACAAUCUUGGCCGCAGUGAAAACAUCGCUGACGAUGACGACGAAGACGACAACGACAUGAGCGGUGAGGAGGACAAUGGCAAACAUGAGAAGGAGGUGUGGGUGCUGGAGGUGAUGAAGGUGCAUGGCCAGGACUCUGGAGUGUACACUUGCCAGGCCCAGACUGCACUUGACCACGACACUGACAACCUCAUCCUCACUGUGGAAGAUGUGCCCAACCCACCCCACAUCAACACGGCGCACUGUGGGGAGCGUGAGGCCCUCCUGGAGUGGUCCUCCACAGGGGACAAUAAUGCCCCUCUCAUGGGUUAUGCUGUCCAGUAUGUAACACAAUUCCAUCCUGAUGAUUGGAAAAAUGCAGAGAACAAGAUCCCCACCUCCUCCCCAUCCUAUUCAAUGGAGCUGAGCCCUGGCCUGAACUACACCUUCCGGGUCUUGGCCUUCAAUCGUGUGGGCAUGUCUGAUCCCAGCGAGAACACAACUGAGUGUGCAUCACCUGGCCUGCCACCUGACCACAGCCCUGAGAAUGUAACUGUUAUCCCAAAUGGUCCAGGCAGCCUCCUUGUGUCCUGGCAGCCCAUGCGACGAGAGGAACACAACGGCCCAGACUUCCACUACAAGGUGUUCUGGAGGCCAGUAAAUGACAGUGAUGAUGACGGUGAUGAUGAUGGUGAUGGUGAUGGUGAUGGUGAUGGUGAUGAGGAAAGUGAUGCCACACACCCAGAAACUGACACAGAUGAUGAUCACAAUGAGGACGAGGACCAGGAGGAUGACGGCUGGCACAUGAUGGAUAUUGAUGACUGGGAAAGGAGCGAGCUGCGGCUGGAUGGCCUGCCUCCGUACACUGAGUAUCAGGUGAAGGUGGAGGCACGCAAUGCUUAUGGUGCUGCCCCGCCCUUGGAGGUGGUGCCCACUUUCUUCUCUGGUGCUGAUGUGCCUGAGGAUGCACCAGAGGACCUGAGGGCACUGGACGUUGACGCAACGGAUGUUGUGCUGACUUGGGACCCUGUGGAUGCAGCCUCCGUGCGGGGCCUGCUGCUGGGUUACAAGGUUGAGUAUUGGAUGCACCCUGAUGAUGAGGAUGAUGAUGGUGACAGGGGCAUUGUGAAGGAGCUGCUGGUGAAUGGCCCACAAAACCGUGCCGAGGUGAUUGAUCUGCAGCCUGACACUUCCUACCGUGCCCAAGUCAGUGUGGUCAACAUGGACUUCAGCGGCCCCCAUAGCGAUGUGCUGGCCUUCACCACUGCUGAGGGAGAGUCUGGACCUGUUGUCAACCUGAGAGUGAAGCAGCUUGGGGAAACUAGUCUGCUGGUGGACUGGGAUGCUCCCGCAGAACCCAAUGGAGUGAUCAAAAACUAUCGUGUGCAAUACACCAUGCUGAAUGAGGACAGAGAGGAAGAGGGCCCCACUACUCUCUAUGAUGAUGAGUUGACACCAGAUGAUACCAUGAUAAAGAUUCCAGGCUUGGAGGAGGGAGAAUCCUACAGAGUGUCCAUUACUGCCAAGAAUGGUGCAGGCUGGGGUGAAGAGUCCUCCUUUGAUGUGGACUUGGAAGUGACAGAGCCUAUGCAGCCUGCAGUGCCUAUAUUCAUAUGGACCCAAGUGUCUGACUCCAAGCAGGAUGAGGAGGAUGGCCUGGAUAGGGAUGGUGAUGGUGAUGUGGAUAGGGAUGACAUCAGGAACAGGAAUGUCAUCAUCGGGGACACAGACGGGGAUGGAGAUGUGGACAUUGACGAUGUGUUGGACACAGAUAAUGAUGGUGACAUUGAUGAUGAUGAUAUUCAGGUGGCAGAUAUCAACAACGAUGGAGUGGUGGAUGAUAAGGAUGUGGCCGCUGCUGAUAGAGAUGGUGAUGGGGAUGUAGACAUUGCUGACAUUGGCGAUGAGGAUGGCGAUGGCGACUUUGAUGCCACUGAUGUUCUUCUUGCCGAUGAAGAUAACGAUGGUGAUAUUGAUGCAGAAGAUGACGAUGAGGAAAAUGUUCUGCUGGAGGAUCGUGACCAGGAUGGUGAUGUUGACGAAGACGACGUGACAGACAUCAACUUUGACGGCGUUAUUGACGAGAAGGACUUUGCCGCUGCUGACACUGAUGGUGAUGGCGAUGUUGACCAGGAAGACAUUGCGCUGUUGGACAAGGAUGGAGAUGGUGACAUAGAUGCUGCUGAUGUGGCUGACCUGGAUGGUGAUGGUAUGGUGGAUGGUGAUGACCUUGAAGUGACUGACAGGGAUGGUGAUGGUGAUAUUGAUGCACAGGACUAUCGCUUAAGAACGACCUUCCUUGCAGACACCAACAACGAUGGUACGAUUGAUGUAAAUGACGUUCUGGACACGGACAACGAUGGUGACAUUGACUAUGUUGAUCACGGUAUUGCAGACAUUAAUGAUGAUGGUCACAUUGAUGCAAAUGAUGUAAUAGCUGGUGAUAGGGAUGGUGAUGGAGACAUUGAUGUAGCAGAUAUAGGAGACGAAGACAAUGAUGGUGAUAUUGAUGGCUUUGAUGUUAUCGCAGCUGAUGAAGAUGGUGAUGGUGAUAUUGAUGCAGAUGAUGAUGACGAAGAGAACACUUUACUGGAGGACAGGGAUGGUGAUGGUGAUUUUGAUCGUGAUGAUGUCAGGGAUAUGGAUGGUGAUGGUGAUGUAGAUUUGGAAGACUUGGCUGCAGCAGACAUUAAUGAUGAUGGUGAUAUCAACAUGGAGGACAUCAAGGCAGCAGACAGGGAUGGUGAUGGGGAUGUAGAUGCUGCUGAUGUGACAGAUCUGGAUGGUGACGGCAAGUUGGACAAGACUGACAUUGAGGUAGAUGAUCGCGAUGGUGAUGGUGAUAUCGACGCCAAAGACUUCAUUUUCAGGAACACGCUUCUGGCUGACACAGAUGGUGAUGGUGACGUCGACAACGAUGACGUUCUGGAUAUCGACGGCGAUGGUGAUGUGGAUGAGGCUGACUUUAGGGCUGCAGAUUUAGAUGAUGAUGGCGAUGUUGACAUGGACGACGUGAGGUUUGGUGACAAGGACGGUGACAAUAUAGUAGACGCCUUUGAUGUUGAGGAUAUUGAUGGUGAUGGUCUUAUUGACGAAGAUGACCUGGAUGUGAAGGAUAGAGAUGGUGAUGGCGAUAUUGAUAGGAAAGACUUCAAAUUCCGCAACACUUUCCUGGCAGACACCAACAGGGACGGGAAGAUAGACAGGGAUGACGUACUGGACACUGAUGGUGAUGGGGACAUUGACGACAAGGACAUUGAUGUGGCAGACAUAAACAACGAUGGUAAGAUUGACAACAAAGACAUUCUGGCAGGAGACAGGGAUCAUGAUGGAGACAUUGACAAGGCAGAUAUUGGUGAUGAAGAUGGUGAUGGCGAUAUUGAUGGUGAUGAUGUCAUAGCUGCUGAUGAGGAUAAGGAUGGUGAUAUCGACGCAGCUGAUGAUGAUGGUGAGAGCGUACUGCUGUUUGAUGCUGAUAGUGAUAAUGAUAUUGACCGCAAUGAUCUUCGUGACAUUAAUGGUGAUGGCAAGAUUGAUGAGAGGGAUUUUGAUAUGGCUGAUGUUGAUAAUGAUGGGGAUGUCGACGAGGAUGAUGUAAAGGCAGCUGAUCGUGAUGGAGAUGGUGAUAUUGAUGCAGCUGACAUCGUGGACAUCGACGGAGAUGGUGAUGUGGAUGGCCAUGACCUCCGUGCUGCUGAUAAAGAUAAUGAUGGGGACGUUGACUCCUCAGACAUCAGGAAUAUCGACGUUUUCCUGAAGGACACGAAUGGCGAUAACGUUAUAGAUGAAAAUGAUGUCCUGGAUUCAGAUCACGAUGGAGACAUUGAUGAGGAAGAUCUUGCAGUGGCAGACAUUGAUAACGAUGGAGACAUUGAUGAGGAAGAUGUAAGGGCUGGAGACCGUGAUGGAGAUGGGGAUGUGGACUUCAACGACAUUGGGGACAUUGACGGAGAUGGAGACAUUGAUGGCGAUGAUGUGGAGAUGGCUGACAAGGACGAUGAUGGGGAUAUUGAUGCUGGAGACGAAGGGCGUGGUAUUUCCAUCAAAAUUGCUUGGGUGCCCAACUUUAAAGACCAUCCGGGUGCUGAAUUCUAUGUCCAAAGCAGGAGGAAUGGCUCAAAGGAGUGGAAGAACUCGACAGUAGAGAAGGAAGCUUUAUCCCAGACCAUCUCAGGCAUCGACCCGCGGCACUCCUACGAGGUGCGAGUGGUGGCGAGGGACGGCCCCUUCGAGACGCCCUCCGCUAUUGUGGUGAUCCCCGCCUCGGAAGGUGAUGGUGAGGAUGGUGAGGUGCAUGCCAUAAACUACAACGAGAUUGACAGUGAGGUGGUGGAUGGUAGUGGUGAUGAUGAUGACCACACCAGCAUGACCGUAGAUGAUAGUGACCUUGACGACUCGACUCCAGAAGAAAGACCCAUGGACGAAGCGACGAAGGAAUUCAAGAAGGACGACCUGAACCCGAUCCUAUGGACGUGGUUCAUCAUCGCCAUCAUGGUUGCUGUCACCAUGAUUUGCGUGAUAUUCUUCUCCAUGUGGGUCUACAGCCAACGGCUGGCGCGCGUGGCUGAGCUGAGGAAGGCGCUGUACAAAGGUUACGAGCCAGCGGAGCCUGAAGCCAUCAAGAGGGAGGUGGAUCUCGAGGCAGCCAAGCCAGAGGAGCCAAUGGACGACGAGAUGACGGCCAACUUCCAGCGAAAAGAAUUCAGGAAGUCUUGGUACCACGUACAACUGGCGGCCAUGAUGAAGCGACAAGAGACCAUUCAGAGCGUGGAUUCCUUCGCCUCCCACGAUGACGACUUCGCAGAGUACGGAGACGAGAGCAUGGGUCGCUUCACGGACGAUGGCUCGCUCAUCUACCAAAAGGUGUGAGGCAGAAUGCGUCUGCAUCACCACCACCACCACCACCACCACCACACGUCAUCUGUCUGUCUGUCUGUUUGGGUGAGCUCACCGCCCUCACCACGCACACCUGGAGACUACCGUGGCCCUUCGUGCCGGCUGCCAUGUGAGACCAUCGCCCUUCUCACCACAACCGUCACCGCCAUCACCACAACCACAUUACUGUAUAGGCUAAUCCCAAGGUCGGCGUGGUCAGCUGGCACCAAAAUGGGCUUCCUUCCUUUUUAUUUUUAAUGCCAUUUACUUGUACUGUUCAUAGACUACGUGUUCAAUCCGACGGUGUUGCCAUGAGGCGGCCACAGUGUGGAGAGCGAGCGUGUGUGUGGAGAGCAGCUGCCUCAGUCACACGUAUGCAUAAAUACUUACUACUUACGUACAUACAUGCAAGAAGUGUGCAUCUAGGCCGACAUUACGGUCACGAAGUGCUGAUCUGGUUAUCGUGGUUGUCAUGUAUACGUGUGUGACAAGGUCGAUGUUACUGCCAGCCAUGCAGCAGCUCAGUCCAGGCUGCUGUCAGUGAAGUCGAGCGGUGAGGGUGUUCGUGCCCGCGAGGACAACCCACAUUCAAGAUUUUGUUCUGAUGGCAAUCCCUCACCAAUAUUCCGCAACUCACGAGGUAAAGCCAGUCAUCAUUGACACAAAUUAGUCACGGAAACAGCACGCCGGUCGCCCGCUGCUGGAGUUGUUAAAGGAGAGAACAACUUGACUACACAGCGGCGAGUGUCAGAUUGCCUACUCAGGAGAUCUUUGUUAAGGAUACACGACGGAUGUUUUGGUGAGGCUUUCAGGACGUUCGUGAGGAAGACAGGUUAAGUCGCAUGAGCCUUAAUUCAUUAUGUUAUGAAGCGCGCCCAAUCAAACCACAUGGAUGGAUGGAUACUAACUAGUCAUACAUUGCAUAAGAUUCAUGUACUAAACAGAAUUACUAUUAAUUAACGAGGCAGGUUUUUUUCAGUAACUUACAGUAUUCCUAUGUGCUGCAUGCUGACGUACUGAUCACCCAAGGUCCCUCUAGCGUUGUCUAUCUCCAGCGAGGACGGUUGAGGCGGCGGUCCUGCAACACCCAUCCAUCACCGCCGCUGCUGCCCUUUGCCACGUGUAAAUGCUUUUGGACUUGACCUGUACGUAUCUUGCGCUGCCUACCAUGAUAUUCCUCGUACUGUGGCUUUAGACGGGUCAUAAAGCUGACCAGUGGUUGAGGAUUUGUGCCAGGUGAAGAGACUUGGCCGCCCUAUCUGUUUGCUAAGGGCGCGCCACCAGUUGUCUCUGCCGUACAAGUCACACACCCCCACAGACACUAGUGUAUUGGUGUGAAGUGUUUGAGUCUUCCUGAUAUUUAUCUUCCUCGGUAAACUGAGAAUGUGUAAAUAUAUAUUCUUGAGUCCUAGUGAUGCCCUCUCAACUCACCUGUUCCUCUUUUAUUAUUAUUAUUGUUAUUAUUUUUAUUCAUUUUUUUAUUGUUUUUUUCAUGGCGGGUCGGUGUGUUGUCGGAGUAGCGGGGUGAUGGGGGCGGAGCCCACUACCGCCUGUCUUGGUCCUCUCUGAUCAAUUUACUGGCACCGUUUUCUUUUUUCUUUCCUUUUCUUUUCUUUUCUUUCUCAUAUGAUAACUUAUAAGUUGGCACGUGAGAGAGAAAAUAAUCUAAUUUCUUAGUAUAAUGUAAAACAAAAACAAAAAAAAAGUUGGUGUUUUAUCAAGAGAAUCCCACUGUUCCGCGUAUUGCCUUCCAUCACCGCUAACACGAGCAUGCAGAUGUAUUUUCAGGGAAACUUAUUUCCUUCGGUUGAUGUUUUAUGGGGGAAAGUGUGACCAAGUGUUGGGUUCAAUUGUGUCCCUGUUUUUAAUGUUGUGAGGUGCAAUUACUCCCUACCCACCCCCCCACCAUUAUAUAUUUUUGUCAGGAAGGAAGCUGUGUUCUUGUGCAUGCAUGUCAAAAUAUCCUGAGCAUUCUCAAGAGUGUAUGCAUCUGUGGCGUUUGUGGGCGACUGCAAGGGUCAAGUAGUCUAAUAUGAUGUGAAUGAGUUGAUGUUUCCUGUGUGUGUGUGUGUGUGUGUGUGUGUGUGUGUUUGGAACUCCUUCCAGCGUCCGUUCUUAUUUUUCCCGGUCAUGAUCUUCUAUGUUAAUUUUCAAUAAAGUGUUAAGUUAU